CUCUUCAGAGUAAAGUCCAGGUGAACACUGAGGCAAAGUCGACAGGUUUCCACCUGAGCACUACGUCAGCGCUAAGCCUGCCUCCCUACCUGCUGAGUGGGCGGAGUCUGUGGGGUGGAAAUAAGAGCUGCAGUGUCGUCUCUAAAGAUCUAGAACCUACUUCCUGGAAGUACUGUGUGUACUGGGGCUGAUGAUCAGAUGUGACCUUUGACCCCUCAACUCCAGAGUCACCUCUCCAUCUGAGGGGGGUCAUCACCAUGGCAACAACUUCCUCCAUGCUGAGUCCCGGUCUGGGUCUGGUCCUGGUGGAGUUUCAUUACAAGUACCAGGGUCGGGACGGCGUGCCGAUCUCCAUCAAACCCAACGAGCGCUACGUCCUGUUGGCCAAGACCAACGACCACUGGUGGCAGGUCCAGAGGGACCGCGGCUCCAAGCCCUUCUACAUCCCCGCCAAGUACGUCAAGGAGCUGCCCACGGACUUGCCCUCGCCCUUGGACUUCGAGCCGCCCAGUCCUGAACCAGUGCUGCUUCUUGUGGCGGUCCCCGUCCCAGUGUCAGUCCCAGUCUCAGUCUCCGUACCAAAGACUCUGGAGGAGCCCAAAACCAAACCGGGGGACGAGGUGAUGAUCCGACUCAGACCCGAUGCUUCCAAAGGAUACCGCAAGACUGAGAACCGCAUGUCCACGUUCGGGGUCCCGCUGGACUUCCACGGCCUGUCGUCCCCGGUGGCAUCAGCAUCGCGGCAUCCCAGCAACCCUCCAGUGGGUCCCGGAGAGACUGGGACUACAAACAUGGCCGACGAUGAUGCGAGCCGAAAGCACCUUUCGCAGGAUCAGGAUCACAUGGACUUGGACAAAUCCAGAGUUCCCAGUUUCAGUCCAGCAGACCCCGUCUCCACACUCAGAUCCCAGGCCCCGCCCCUCCCUGUGGAGACCCCGGUGGUCCCGUUGGUGCACAGUGACCACCGGGAGCCGGAGGAGGAGGAGGAGGAGGAGGAGGACAGCAGCGGCGAGGAAGGUCCACGAAAGGAGGAAGAUUCAAAGCACAUCUACGAGUCCAUCCAGGACCUGAACCUGGACCUUGAGAAUCUGGUCGGAGGAAAAGGGAAUCCAGGAGCGCCGUCUGCAGCUGCCCCCCCGCCGCUGGGACAGGACCCGAAGUCGCCGGUCUCCGCUAACGUCUCCGCUAACGCCUCCGCUGGGAAGAAAACAAACAUCCCUCAGAUCUCCGUCUCAGGCUCCGCCCUCCCAUCAUCACCUCCGGCUGGCCCCGCCCCCUCAAUCCCCAGUCGCAGUUCAUCUUCUUCAAGCUUUUCCUCAGGAAUGAUGAGCCCCGCCUCCCCCCUAAGACCACAGGACGGCUGGCAGGUUCACACGGACCAGGACAGUGGGCAGGAGUUUUAUUUCCACCCUGUAACCAGACAGACCACUUGGUCCGACCCCCACAGCGCUCCACCCCCGCCUUAUGGAGACUUGGACCAGUCCAGGGACAGCGAGGGGGGUCAGCUGACCUCCCCCUCCUCUCAGGGUUCUGCUGGUUGGCAGCAGCUGGUGGACCAGGUCUCCGGGAGGUUCUACUACCACGAGCCCUCCUCGGGGGCCACGUCGUGGGCUGCCCCGUCGGCCCCCUCCGGCCCCCCUACAGAGUCCACACAAGGCCCGCCUCCACUGCCCGAAGAGGACUACCCUCCAGACAACGAGGUGUUUACAACGGAUGCUUUGCAGCCCGCGUGUUCGAUCCCCAGAGCUCAACUGAGGCGUGACUCUCAGGUUGCACCUUUGCCCCAAAGCAUGAUGGGAAAUGGAGUUUCUGCAGAAGGAACCACUGUGCAGGUCAAGAGCUGGAGGCACAGCAUCGCUGAAGAGACGGUGGGUCACAGGAGGAACGUCUCUGAGUUCAUUGACGGUUCCAGCAGAAGACCCUCCCCCGACAGUCCUCAGACGGUGGGUCACAGGAGGAACGUCUCUGAGUUCAUUGACGGUUCCAGCAGAAGACCCUCCCCCGACAGUCCUCAGGUCCACCAACUGGAGAAAGCAGGAAUCAUGAACAAGACCAAAGUAGUCGAUCACGGGAAAAAGAUCAGGAAGAACUGGAGUCAGUCAUGGACUGUCCUCCACGGGGGAAUCCUCACCUUCCACAAAGACCCCAAGUCUGUUCCCACUGGGACUGCUAGCAAAACAUCUCAGAUUGUUCCAGAACACACGGUGGAGCUGAGAGGAGCCUCCGUGGGCUGGGCCGCCAAGGACAAGUCCUCCAAGAAGAAUGUCCUGGAGCUAAAGACCCGUCAGGGCUGCGAGUACCUGAUGCAAUACGACACUGAGAGCAUCAUCAACGACUGGCUGAAAGUGAUGCAGGACACCAUGAGACAGCUGGUAACCAACACGGUGACAUCACGCUACACGGUGACAUCACGCUACACGGUGACAUCACGCUACACGGUGACAUCACAGCUACACCGUGACAUCACGCUACACCGUGACAUCACCGCUACACCGUGACAUCACGCUACACCGUGACAUCACGCUACACCGUGACAUCACCGCUACACCGGGACAUAAUGCAUCACCGUGACAUCACCGC